AUGAGCUGCAGCAGCGUUGCUGGCUCUGAGUUCUCAGAGGAGGAGCUGGAGCUGGGAGAGCUUGGCCAAGGCGAUGAGGACGAAGGUCCCAAGGCGUCGUUUCAAGACAGCGAGAGCUCCAACAGCAGCCCAAGUGACCCAGAAGAAGGACAGACCAAGAAGCGGAAUCGACCGGUCCGCUCAAAAGCUCGUCGAAUGGCCGCCAAUGUACGCGAGCGAAAACGAAUAAUGGACUACAACCAGGCAUUCAAUGCCCUCCGAGUCGCUCUGAACCAUGACCUCAGUGGCAAACGGCUCUCCAAAAUCGCCACCCUUCAGAGGGCCAUCAAUCGCAUUUCUGCUCUUUCCGUUUUCCUCAGCUCGAACCCUCCUAGCAAACCCUGCGCUCACAGGGAGUGCAACAGGUCAUCCACAGCACCAGCUACCAUGGGAGUAUCGCGACACGAGACCAGGGUCACGGCUCCUCGUCUCGAGCAUCAGACUUACAUUCCCUGGCAUGCGUCCAUCUCCCACCAAAUGCAGCCUCAACAGGGGUCCCACGUGCACAGGAUGCCGGUCGAGCAACACCUCUACAUAGACAACAGUGCGUCCUCAUGCCCCCCGUCACCACACUACCCUUGUUACCCCACUGAGGGACAGCUUUACGCUUCACGUGGACACUGCGGCAGCCCGCACCGUCACCCGCCAAGCCCAGUGCGAUACUCUCAGCUUGGUGAGGGACUCGGAUUUCAGCCAGGAAUGUGGACAUCUUGCUCACAAGGCUACAUGGACACGUUCGUCGAGCCAUCUCCCACAGUGGGACUUUCAUGGCAGGUCGGCUACCUGCAGGAGCCAGAUCACAGUCUCUCCCAGGGCUCUGAGAUACUAUAA